ACCAGGUGGCCAGAGCCUUCCCGCACAGCCACACCAUUCCACCUUGGCAAAGGUACACUCUGUCACCCGCACAUGAUAUUUGAUGGCUUCCUGGAUCCACAGGCUUGAAUGCACAUGACCUCUCCAGAAGGGUGAGGAGAUGCCAGAGGUACAUAUUUACCAUCUGGAGUGAACCACGCAAUUCAUCUAGAAACCUGCCUCACCAUGAACUUGAAAUUAAUCACAGUGAUGAACAAGGAGAACAUGCUGGGUCAGAAAGUGUGCUGGCACUUCCUCAGUCCUCCAUGAAAUGUUAAAGAGUAACAGAUGUAACCCUGCAAAACGUCAACCAAUUCAGCGAGUUCACUGUGAACAUGUCUCAGUGGAAUCAAGUCCAACAAUUAGAAAUCAAAUUUUUGGAGCAAGUAGAUCAAUUCUACGAUGACAAUUUUCCUAUGGAAAUUCGACAUCUGUUGGCUCAGUGGAUUGAAAAUCAAGACUGGGAGGCGGCUUCCAACAAUGAAACCAUGGCAACAAUUCUUCUUCAAAACUUGUUAAUACAACUGGAUGAACAGUUAGGUCGCGUUUCCAAAGAGAAAAAUCUGCUCUUGAUACACAAUCUAAAAAGAAUUAGGAAAGUCCUCCAGGGAAAAUUUCAUGGAAAUCCAAUGCAUGUAGCUGUGGUCAUUUCAAACUGCUUAAGGGAAGAGAGGAGGAUAUUGGCUGCAGCCAACAUGCCCGUUCAGGGACCUUUGGAGAAAUCCUUACAAAGUUCUUCAGUUUCAGAAAGGCAGAGGAAUGUGGAGCACAAAGUGACUGCCAUUAGAAAUAGUGUGCAGAUGACAGAACAAGACACCAAAUAUUUAGAAGACCUGCAAGAUGAAUUUGACUACAGGUAUAAAACAAUUCAGACAAUGGAUCAGGGGGACAAGAAUAAUGCCCUAAUGAAUCAGGAAGUUUUGACUCUGCAAGAAAUGCUUAACAGUCUCGACUUCAAGAGAAAGGAAGCCCUCAGUAAAAUGACACAAAUAGUCAAUGAAACGGACUUGUUAAUGAACAGCAUGCUGAUGGAAGAGCUGCAGGACUGGAAGAGGCGCCAGCAGAUCGCCUGCAUUGGAGGACCGCUCCACAAUGGGCUCGACCAGCUUCAAAACUGCUUUACACUGUUGGCAGAAAGUCUGUUCCAACUCAGAAGGCAAUUGGAGAAAUUAGAGGAGCAGUCGACUAAAAUGACAUAUGAAGGUGAUCCCAUCCCCAUGCAAAGAGCCCAUCUGCUAGAAAGAGUCACCUUCUUGAUCUACAACCUUUUUAAGAACUCAUUUGUGGUUGAACGACAGCCAUGCAUGCCAACUCACCCUCAGAGACCGAUGGUACUUAAAACUCUCAUUCAGUUCACUGUAAAGCUAAGACUACUAAUAAAAUUGCCAGAACUGAACUAUCAGGUAAAGGUGAAAGCAUCUAUUGACAAGAAUGUUUCAACUCUAAGCAAUCGAAGAUUUGUUCUUUGUGGAACUCAUGUCAAAGCCAUGUCCAUUGAAGAAUCUUCUAACGGGAGUCUCUCAGUAGAAUUUCGACAUUUGCAACCAAAGGAAAUGAAGUCCAGUGCUGGAAGCAAAGGAAAUGAGGGCUGUCACAUGGUGACUGAAGAGCUUCAUUCUAUAACCUUUGAAACACAGAUCUGCCUCUAUGGCCUGACCAUAGAUUUAGAGACCAGCUCAUUACCUGUGGUGAUGAUUUCCAAUGUCAGUCAGUUACCUAAUGCUUGGGCAUCCAUCAUUUGGUACAAUGUGUCAACCAAUGAUUCCCAGAACUUGGUUUUUUUUAAUAAUCCUCCAUCUGCCACUUUGAGUCAACUCCUGGAAGUGAUGAGCUGGCAGUUUUCAUCAUACGUAGGUCGUGGCCUUAACUCAGAUCAACUCAAUAUGUUGGCAGAGAAGCUUACAGUCCAGUCUAGCUACAAUGAUGGUCAUCUCACCUGGGCCAAGUUCUGCAAGGAACACUUACCUGGUAAAUCAUUUACCUUCUGGACAUGGCUUGAAGCAAUAUUAGAUCUAAUUAAGAAACACAUUCUUCCUCUUUGGAUCGAUGGGUAUGUCAUGGGCUUUGUUAGCAAAGAGAAGGAACGACUCUUGCUAAAGGAUAAAAUGCCUGGAACCUUUUUGUUAAGAUUCAGUGAAAGCCACCUUGGAGGAAUAACUUUCACCUGGGUAGACCAUUCUGAAAAUGGAGAAGUGAGAUUCCACUCUGUAGAACCCUACAAUAAAGGCCGGUUGUCUGCUCUGCCAUUUGCUGACAUCCUUCGAGACUACAAGGUUAUUAUGGCUGAAAACAUUCCUGAAAACCCUCUGAAGUUCCUUUAUCCUGACAUUCCCAAAGACAAAGCCUUUGGUAAACACUACAGCUCCCAGCCGUGCGAAGUCUCAAGACCAACAGAAAGGGGGGACAAAGGUUAUGUUCCAUCUGUAUUUAUCCCCAUUUCAACAAUCCGAAGUGAUUCAACUGAGCCACAUUCUCCAACAGAUCUUCUUCCCAUGUCUCCAAGUGUAUAUGCAGUGCUGAGAGAAAACCUGAGUCCCACAACAAUUGAAACUGCAGUAUGUUCCCUUUCUUUUCCAUUGCUGGUCAGGGGCACUCCUAACGAAGCAAAUGUGGUACCUGUUACUCAAAAGGGCUCAAGUUCUGCCUGAGAAAUGAAGUCUCCAUAUUCUGCUGAAUGACAGGAUAAACCCUUGACACUCAAAUGAAGGAAGCAAAUGAAAAAGCUUAAAGACUGAUCUUUGCCAACAAUCAUAUCUUAUUUCUUCAGCUUUGUGUAGACCAAUUUCCAGGAAAUGGUUGAAGUCUGAAGCUCUCCUUUCACUGGCAUGACACCACCAAUUGGGAAUGUUUUGAUUGGAAUGCUAAAAACCAAAGCUUCAGAUAAACUUGCAAGAUAAGACACUUGAAGAAACCACUGUUAAUAUAACAUUAACAAAAGACUCGUUUGUAUA